CCGGGCCCCGGCAUGGCGGAGGUGGUGGACUUCCGGGUGCUCUCGGGGAGCGACCAGACGCUGCUGGUUUGGGGGUUGGAGCCGGAGCCGGGGCUGGAGCAUUCCCUGUUUUCAGCGUUUUCCAGGUUUGGACCGCUCUACUCUGUGCGGGCGCACAGGAAUGCUGCUGUGGCAGGGCCUGGUUAUUGCGCUGUUAUCAAGUUUUAUUCAGCUGGAGAUGCCAGCAGAGCCCAGCGCACAUGCAAUGGGCAAAGGCUGUUUCAGAAGUCUCCCUUGAAGGUUUGUGUUUGCACCAAGCAGAAGGGGUUUCAGCACCAAGUCCUCGCUCUCAGCAGCAACAAGUGCCAGGAGUUGGCCAACCACUACCUUGGCUUUAACGGCUGGUCCAGUCGCAUCAUCACAAUGAAUUAUCUGUGGCCUUCCCAACAGCUGCAGAAUGUAUCUGGCUUUGGUGGUGAGGAUGAGGAAGUGGGAAGGACGUUAGAGAAGCAAUCUGUGAAAUACCUGUGUGCUGUGGAGCUGACGCUGCCCAAACAUGGGGUGUGCACCAGAGGAGUUGCCCUUGCCGAGGCAGACGUAGAGAACAGUGCAGAUCCUCUCGAGUUGCUCACAGCAACAAGAAGAGUUCAGAAACUCGCAGCUGGGAGAGCUUUGUCUAGUGCCUUUCAGAAGAUACUCCUUGUUGUCUUAGAGAAUGGGAAAGUGGCUGUGGAGUACAAUUCCUCCCAGGAGGAGCCCACAGACUCCUUAACAGAAGAGGAGCUGAAGGGGCUUGUGCAGGUAACUGAGGGAUCCGUUUGCAUGCACCAAACAGAAAUGCCCCAGUACAACAGCAAAACUUGAGUCAUCGUGCCCAGUGAGGUGAGUUCUGUGUGCCAGCCGCUGCACACAGGCAGGCAUGAGCAGAGGAGCUGCAUCUUGCUUAGUCUGAAAAAGACCGCUGCUUACCAGGGGAGAUCACUGACAUGAUGGUCUUUGGACAAAAAGCAUCACUCUCACAUGGUGCAUCCACACGCCCUGUGAGCAUGGAUGGAAGUGUCUAAGGAACCUUGUGACACGUUACUCUAUUUGGUGACGCUGAGUCACCUAGGAUCCAUGGGCAAAGCUAUUUUCCUCCCUGUAGUAAAACAGGAGGAUUUUGUUCUGUGAAGUAACUAAUGUCCAUCAGAUUAUUUUUUUUUAAGCAGUUGAGAAGAUGAAAUUCCUGCUGGUUUGUUCUCUCUGCGUUUUCCUCUGUACAGCCCCUUCUAUCUUACCUCUCUGAAACCCACAGAGAGCUGACCUCACAUGUGCUGACCAUAGGAGAAGCGAGCAGGGAAGUUAAACAGAAAGCCUGCUGCUUCUCAAACCUCUCUUUUACCACAAGAGCCAUCCCUCUCCUCCCCUGCUGUCUCACUUCCCUUGUGAUGGUGUGUGGGAGGUAAUUCCAACAUGCUCUCUCCACGAGGCACCUUCCAGCCUGAUAGGGAGAGGAACAGACAAGAAUUCAGAAGGACUUGCUUGGGUGGAGAGCUACUGGGUGUCCUCUUGGCUCAUUGCCUUGUGAUCUCAGUCAGUUAUUCUGAAACAGGAAUGUUCCUGAGUUGGUAAAUUCUGGAGAGGCUGCCUCAAAAAUACCCUGUUUGCAGGUGCAGAGAGGUGAAGCUUAAAUAUAUUAUAGAGCAAGAAAUUUACUCUGGAUUUCUCU